GAGAUGCUUCAAAGCAUUAUUAAAAAUGUUUGGAUCACCAUGAAGCCUUACUAUACCCAAGUUUACCAGGAAAUUUGGGUAGGAAUGGGGUUGAUGGGCUUCAUCGUUUAUAAAAUUAGGAGUGCUGAUAAAAGAAGUAAAGCUUUGAAAGGUUCAAGUCCUGCACCUACUCAUGGUCAUCAUUAA